CGGAAGGCGUCAUACGAGUACGGCGCGUCCCUCCGCGGGCGGCCUAGGCUCGGCGGCGGCGGCGCGGGGAGCAGCCAGCGCGGCCCUGCCCGGCCCGUCCCGGCGGCAUGUUCAAGAACACGUUCCAGAGCGGGUUCCUGUCCGUGCUGUACAGCAUCGGGAGCAAGCCCCUGCAGAUCUGGGACAAGAAGGUGCGCAAUGGUCAUAUCAAACGAAUCACUGACAACGAUAUCCAGUCUCUGGUGCUGGAGAUCGAAGGAACCAAUGUCAGUACCACAUACAUCACCUGCCCUGCUGACCCAAAGAAGACACUGGGCAUUAAACUGCCCUUCCUGGUGAUGAUCAUCAAGAACCUAAAGAAAUACUUCACUUUUGAAGUGCAGGUGCUGGAUGAUAAGAACGUGCGCAGGCGGUUUCGGGCAAGUAACUACCAGAGCACAACCCGGGUGAAGCCCUUUAUUUGCACCAUGCCAAUGCGGUUGGAUGAUGGCUGGAACCAAAUCCAGUUCAAUUUAUCUGACUUCACGCGUCGUGCCUAUGGGACGAACUACAUCGAGACCCUGAGGGUCCAGAUCCAUGCCAACUGUCGCAUCCGGAGGGUGUACUUCUCUGACAGACUCUACUCGGAGGAUGAGCUUCCAGCAGAGUUCAAGCUGUAUCUCCCUGUUCAGAACAAGGCCAAGCAAUAACGCCACUUGGGAAGAGACGUGAGGGAUGUGCCGUGGGUCCAUACGAAUGGGAAGGCAGGUGAUGAACGUCCUACUGAAACAAAAGUUUAGAAAAAUUCACUCUGCAUAGGGUAACUGCAUUGAAUAAUCUGAUAUCCCUUUUCUGGACAGGACACAACUAACCAUGUAAUAAUACUGGAAAUUGUUUUGCGAGUAUGUGAUAUGUAGCACAGAAUCAGAGUAUUUAUCUGGCUGUUCCUAAAAGCUGCAAGUGACGUGGUCUCUAAUUUUUGCUUUGCUUGGGGGAAUUGCCAAGUGAGCAGCAGUUGUGUGUCUGAAGAGAGGAUUCAGUGUGGUAUUACAGGGUUAAGUGUGCCCUCGCAAAGAUACCAAUAUGGCUUUUUCCCCCCUUCCUGCUUUUCCAUCUCCUUUAUUUUAUAUGUGCUCUAAAUAUGGAUGUAAUACUCACACUUUGAAAGUUAUUAAACAUUUGAUUCUGUUUGUAA